UAGUUACUGUACAUGCAAAAAGAUAUGCUGCAAAUCUUUGCAAGUUUGACUUCAACUGUCGAAAUAUUGAAGGAAUCGAAUCAAAUACCCCCCAUUACACAGUUUUUAAGUUUACCCACCAGCAGUUUACCUAUAUAUAUGGAUUUGUGUCUCUGUUAUUAAUCAUCAUCAAACUAAAGCGGGAAGAAAAAAACUUGUUUAAAAAUUUGAGUUGAUUCUUCAUUUUCAGAGUAGUAAUUUCAUCACUACAUAGGAGAGAAAGAUGGGAGCUAAUCAGUCUGCUGUGUAUGAUGACUCAAAUGACUUCAGUGGAGUGGUCAUGCCAAGAAGGUUCGGCCGGAUUUUAUCAUUCAGUUCCUCAUCUAAAUGGAAAAGCCAUCUUCAAGUUACCAGAAAAACAAAUAAACUGAUGGUUAUUCAUUUCACGGCUGCAUGGUGUGGACCUUGUCGCACAAUGGACCCUGUUAUUCGUGAGUUUGCUGGCAUCUAUGCAGGUGUAGAGUUCAUUAAGAUCGACGUAGAUGAGCUGGAGGAUGUGGCUCGCGAGUAUGCUGUGCAGGCAUUGCCAGCAUUUGUCCUGAUCAAGAAAGGGAAAGCAGUUGACAAGGUUGUUGGAGCAGAGAAGAUUGCGCUCCAGAAGAAGAUCGAGACAUACAUGAACUAAUAAUGAAUUUCUUGCCAUGCAUCAAAAAGAAAACACAAUAAUCAGAGGCAUUCAGAGCAGUACAAUCUAUUUUAGUUGAAAUAAAAACCUCUGCUGACCAUAUAGGCUAUAGCUAAUAUAGAUGAUAUAUUGAUAUUUUAUGAUCUGGGAUAGUGUUAUGCAUAUACAGCAACUACAACAGUUGAUAACCUUUUGUACCAGUAUUUAAAUUUUCUGGAUUAUGAUUGUAAUAUCGAAUUUAUAUAAAUAUUAAGUAAGUGUUGGUGAUCAA